AUGAUUUCACCCAUAAGCUUUCUAUCAUCGCUGCUAUGCUUAACUUAUCUAACCUCAGCUUUACCGAUUCUUCCUAAGAGAGAAGUUGUAACGAGAGUUCACACAGCAAGCACAACUAAUGUUGUGACUGAUUUUUACUCCACUACUACCGAAGUUGUUAUUGCCCCAACUGUCGAAUUCCUAAUAAGCGAUAGUGUUACCUUUACAACAACCUUAAUUCCACAAGGUGUGAACCCAACAGCUGAACCAACUACGACUAUCACUAAAGUUCUCUUAAAAAAGGCUGAAAUGAGUACAUCUUCGCAGCCAACCUCUACUUUGCAGCCAAGCACUAUUCCACAAUCAACCUCCUCUUUUCAAGCAGAAUCUACUUUGCAAGCCGUCUCUACGCAACAAACUGCUAUGUCUGUUUCUGCAGGUACUAGUGAGGAUGUGCAACAAUUAGCUACUACUUCUACCUCUAUCUCCUCCUCUCCUUCCCCUACCACUACGUCUACUUCCACACAAAAUAUCGUGAGUGGUGUCGGUGAAGCCAAUGUUGAAGGCAACACUCAAAGUCAGCAUCAUUCUUACCAAGCAGCUGCGACUUCAACUUUGAAUCAACAAACGAGUACCUCAAUUGCUUCUCAGGAGUCCACCGAAUCAACCAAUACACCUACGUCGUCCUCUACGUCGUCCUCUACUUCUUCUUCUACUUCUUCUUCUACUUCUUCCUCUACUUCUUCUUCUACUUCUUCCUCUACUUCGUCCUCUACUUCGUCCUCUACUUCAUCCACACAGGAAACAGCCGCUACCACCUCUGAAGGUUCCUCUAGUAGCAGCGCUGCUAUAACUUCUUCUCCAAAGGCUAUUGCAUAUUCACCAUAUAAUGAUGAUGGCUCUUGUAAGUCUGCAGACGCUGUCUCUUCUGACUUAACGUUGAUCAAAUCUAAAGGUAUUUCCAAAAUCCGUGUUUAUGGCACCGACUGUAAUUCCUUUGAAACCGUCCAACCAGCAGCCGUAAAACUAGGUAUUAAGAUUAACCAAGGUUUGUAUAUCACCAGUAGCGGCGUUGAUUCCAUAGAUGAUUCUGUUACCACAUUGAUUCAAUAUGGUCAAACUAACGGUUGGGAUGUCUUUGAUUUCAUUACUGUUGGAAAUGAAGCUAUCAAUAAUGGUUGGUGUUCAGUUUCUGAUUUGAUUAGUAAAAUUUCCUCUGUCAAAUCCAAAUUAAGCGAAGCUGGCUAUUCUGGCCAAAUUACUACCAGUGAGCCCCCUGUCUCAUUUGAAAAUAACCCUGAUUUGUGCAAAAAAUCUGAUAUUGACUUCGUUGGUAUCAACCCACAUGCCUACUUUGAUACUAGCGCCAGUGCUGAAACUGCCGGUACAUUUGUUAAGGGUCAAGUUGAAUUAAUUCAAGGUGUUUGUGGUACUUCUAAUGUUUUCGUCACGGAAACAGGUUACCCAUCGUCUGGUAUUCAAAAUGGAGGCAACAUUCCAUCCACUGCUAACCAAAUUACUGCAGUCCAAAACAUCUUGAAUGAAAUGGACUUGGAUGUUACAAUCUUAUCGACUUACAAUGAUUACUGGAAGGCUCCCGGUGAUUACGGUAUCGAACAAUCUUUCGGUGUGAUUGAAUAUUUUCCAUAA